UUAUGUUGCCAGUAAAACAGUGACAGGUUCAGAAGUUUCUGUCACUCUUAGUUAUUCAUCGACCAGCAUCAUGAUUGGAAGACUUGUUUUUCUGGGACUCCUGCUCAUCUGCGUGGCUGCAGAUGCUGAGGAGGACUAUGGACUCCUGAGAAAGCCCUCCUGUCCUGACACGGAGGAGAUCAUGGCGUGCCCCCUGAACCUCGCUCCUGUGUGCGGCAGCGACGGGAACACUUAUGCCAACGAGUGUACCCUGUGUGUCCAGAGGCAAACAACCAAGAUGAACAUUUUGAUUGCUAAAGAGGAGGGCUGCUGAACUUAGCAGGGGAUGAUGUCAUCGCUCAGGGAACCAAUCAGGAUCUGAUUAUGGACCCUCCUGUGGAUCUGGGAAACAAUACAUCCUCAAUGUUUGUGUCAUUGCAAUGACCAAUACAUGUAUUUCAGCAUUAAACUAAUUUCUGUUCAUUUCUUAUGAAUAAAUUAUACCACAAAUAAUUAUUGAUUAUGUUUAUAGAAGGACAAACACAGAUGCUAAAAACUAAAAUCAAGAAGAGGAAGCUAUACAUUUGUUCUUUUGUGUGUGUUUUGUGAUGGAAGUGAAGUAAAGGAGAGAAAUAAUGGAUU